AUGGUUCCUUCCAUGAAAUUAAUAUUCACAGUUCAACUGCAGUAUUCUCUUGCUCUCUUUCUCUCCUUUACUCUUUCUUUUUUAUCCUUGUCUCUCCUUUACUCUUUCUUUUUUAUCCUUGUCUCUCCUUUACUCUUUCUUUUUUAUCCUUGUCUCUCCUUUACUCUUUUUCCUAUUUCCUUGUCUCUCCUUUUUUCCUCUUUUCCCUAUUUCCUUGUCUCAUGUCUCUCUUUUCCUUGUCUCUCCUUUUUUCUUUCUUUUUUUUAUCCUUGUCUCUCCUUUCACCCUCCUUUUUCCUUGUCUCUCCUUUACUCUUUCUUUUUUAUCCUUGUCUCUCCUUUACUCUUUUUUAUCCUUGUCUCUCCUUUACUCUUUUCCUAUUUCCUUGUCUCUCCUUUACUCUUUUCCUAUUUCCUUGUCUCUCAUGUCUCUCUUUUCCUUGUCUCUCCUUUACUCUUUCUUUUUUAUCCUUGUCUCUCCUUUACUCCUCCUUUUUCCUUGUUUCUCCUUUACUCUUUCUUUUUUAUCCUUGUCUCUCCUUUUUUUUUUCCUAUUUCCUUGUCUCUCCUUUACUCUUUUCCUAUUUCCUUGUCUCUCAUGUCUCUCUUUUUUCUUGUCUCUCCUUUACUCUUUUCUUUUUUUUUGUCCUUGUCUCUCCUUUUUUCCUUUUCUCCUUUUUUUUUUAUCCUUGUCUCUCCUUUUUCUCUUUUUUUUUUUUCCUUGUCUCUCCUUUACUCUUUUCCUAUUUCCUUGUCUCUCCUUUACUCUUUUCCUAUUUCCUUGUCUCUCAUGUCUCUCUUUUCCUUGUCUCUCCUUUACUCUUUCUUUUUUAUCCUUGUCUCUCCUUUACUCCUCCUUUUUCCUUGUCUCUCCUUUACUCUUUCUUUUUUAUCCUUGUCUCUCCUUUACUCUUUUCCUAUUUCCUUGUCUCUUCUUUACUCUUUUCCUAUUUCCUUGUCUCUCAUGUCUCUCUUUUCCUUGUCUCUCCUUUACUCUUUUUUUUAUCCUUGUCUCUCCUUUACUCCUCCUUUUUCCUUGUCUCUCCUUUACUCUUUCUUUUUUAUCCUUGUCUCUCCUUUACUCUUUUUUAUCCUUGUCUCUUCUUUACUCUUUUUUAUCAUUGUCUCUCCUUUACUCUUUCUUUUUUAUCCUUGUCUCUCCUUUACUCUUUUUUAUCCUUGUCUCUCCUUUACUCUUUUUUUCCUAUUUCCUUGUCUCUCCUUUACUCUUUCUUUUUUAUCCUUGUCUCUCCUUUACUCUUUUUUAUCCUUGUCUCUCCUUUACUCUUUUCCUAUUUCCUUGUCUCUUCUUUACUCUUUUCCUAUUUCCUUGUCUCUCAUGUCUCUCUUUUCCUUGUCUCUCCUUUACUCUUUCUUUUUUAUCCUUGUCUCUCCUUUACUCCUCCUUUUUCCUUGUCUCUCCUUUUUUUUGCUCUUUUUUUUUUAUCCUUGUCUCUCCUUUACUCUUUUUUUUAUCCUUGUCUCUCCUUUACUCUUUUUUAUCCUUGUCUCUCCUUUACUCUUUCUUUUUUAUCCUUGUCUCUCUUUUACUCUUUUUUAUCCUUGUCUCUCCUUUACUCUUUUUUUCCUAUUUCCUUGUCUCUCCUUUACUCUUCCUUUUCCCUUGUCUCUCCUUUACUCUUCCUUUUUCCUUGUCUCUCCUUUACUCUUUCUUUUUUAUCCUUGUCUCUCCUUUACUCUUUUUUAUCCUUGUCUCUCCUUUACUCUUUUCCUAUUUCCUUGUCUCUUCUUUACUCUUUUCCUAUUUCCUUGUCUCUCAUGUCUCUCUUUUCCUUGUCUCUCCUUUACUCUUUCUUUUUUAUCCUUGUCUCUCCUUUACUCUUUUCCUAUUUCCUUGUCUCUCCUUUACUCUUUUCCUAUUUCCUUGUCUCUCAUGUCUCUCUCUCUCUCUCUCGUUCAUAAUCACCCAUCUAACUAUCACAUUUGGUUCAUAUCUAUCAAUCUAUCUAUCUAUCUAUCUAUCAUACUCGGUUCAUAUCUGUCUAUCUAUCUAUCAAUCGCAUUCGGUUCAUAUCUGUCGAUAUCUAUAUUUGAAUUUUCUUUUUUUCUUUUCUUUUACUUUUUUCCUUUUCUUUUUCCUUUUCUUUCCUUUUUCUUUUUUCUUUUUCCUUUUCUUUUUUCUUUUUCCUUUUUCCUUUUUCCUUUUUCCUUUUUCCUUUUCCUUUUUCUUUUUCCUUUUUCCUUUUUCUUUUUCCUUUUCCUUUUUUCUUUUUCUUUUUUCUUUUUCUUUUUUCUUUUCCUUUUUCUUUUUUCUUUUUUCUUUUUUCUUUUCUUUUUUCUUUUCUUUUUUCUUAUUUUAUAA